AUGGAGGAAGAGCAGGCUGGGCUGCAGGACGGCGGGUGCACGCGUGAGCGGGGUGGGACGCGGGACAGGAAGACGGCCCUGCAAGGCGCUGGAAUCAGCACUUCGCAGCCGGGUGAGCAAACCUUCCUUAUUCUGAGGUUUGCAAUCAUCACCAGCCAAGAUGGUCAGGAGCACUUAACGCCUGCAGGCUCUCUUCAUAAAAAGAAACUGGCGAGAAGACCUGGAUACGUGAAGCCAGAAGCUCAGGGACAGACAGAGUUUCAGUCCCCAGGUGCCUGCAAGCUGUUCAGCCCUGAAGAGCUCCAACAUGGCAGGCAGCGUUGUGGAGACUUUGAGAACUGCUCUCUGCACAGACAGUGCCAAAAGAACUUUGAAUUCUUAUGCUGUGGUGCAGCGAGUAGUGUGGUAGUUCCUGCUAAUGGGGUAACAGUGUUGGCUGCUACUGGGAACGUGCCAGGGUGCUGCAAAAAUCUUUCAUGUUGCAAGAGCCCAGGGUCAGAAGACACCGUGACAGCAGUUUACCCUGCUGCAGCAACAGGCAGAGGAGAUGUUUCUGCUGUAUGCUGUACACGACGGAAAAGCCACGGCGCUAAGGUGAGCAAGACCCCAAACAUGUCUGCUUUGGAUCAGGCAGAAGUGAACAACAACUGUGAAUAUCAAAACAGAGAUGUUUCUCAUUCUGUUGGCGCACACGAUAGCUUUAGUUCGAGUUUCAGCUUCAUACAGCUUUCCCUGAACUCGGCCUCUGGACUAAGCGAUGCUGAAGGCAAGUCAGCCAUCGAGGAAGCCAAGUAUGUUCUGCAUCCCAGCACCACGGGGAAGCCGCAGGAGCCGGAAGAGAUGGCGCAAACUCGUGAGCGCUUGGGAGCUUUGCGUUGCUUCUCCAGGCCCAGUGAGGAUUUGGAGUAUGAAAACAGGACCGCAGUGAAUGACAAACUACAGAAUUGUGAGACUGUCUCACUCUCGGACACAGAUGCAACGUUUUCAUAUUCUACAGAUUCCUCAGACGCAGCUUCUGCUGGCUCUUCUGUCACCUCGAGCUGUGAAAGUGGCUUUGCUGUUAGUGACCGGAACUGGGAUACUUUGAUGAAAAAAUAUGAACCGGUGCUGCAGGACUGCCUGCUUGGCAACCGCAGUACGUUGAAGAUAAAAUCCUUCAUCUUACGGCUUCAGAGGCUGCAGGAAAAAGCAGUAGAGGAAGAUGACUAUGAUAGAGCUGAUAAAUGUAGACGGAAACUGGAAGAACUGGAGAAAGAGAAAAAUUCUUUAAAAUUUCAGCUUCCUUCACGGCAUCCUUCAAUUAGCAGCUUUUUGGAUAGGUUUGUUACCCAAGUUCAAGCAGCACUGCGUUGGGCUGCCGAUCAUCGUGGGAACGGGGUUGACUCCUUGACACCAAUUAGACAUGAAGAAACCCAGUUUUGGCACGAAAAUGGACAUAAACUUCUGAGAUCUACAUACCAGGAGAGGAUGCAGGUUUCGACCACAAAACGAAACCAACUUCUUCAAGAAAAGAAGGGGUUGCAGAAAGAAAUUGAAGACCUUCAAGCAAGACUGGCCAUAUUAGAAGCAAAAGACCAACAACUAAGAAGAGAAAUUGAAGAACAAGAUAGGCUUAUUCAGUCACAGGACUGUGAACUGACUGCUUUACUGGGCUGUGUUUCUCCGAGAGAACUACAGGAAAUCAGCAAGGCUGUAGGUGACACUUUAGCAUCCUCCCUUCGAAUUCCACUCAGUCUGGAUCUUCCGGGGACAAUAAAGAGCCUUCAGGAAAAAGAACAAUCAUUCAGCAAGUCCAUUAAAGAAACUACUGCCAAAGUUUGUACGAGUCAGAAACUCUGCAGUACUUUGAGGAGGAAAGUGAGUGAUAUUGAGACUCAACUACCAGCCCUACUUGAAGCCAAAAUGCUGGCUGUUUCAGGUAAUAAUUUCAGUACUGCGAAGGAUCUCACAGAAGAAAUAAGAUCAUUAACAUCUGAGAAGGAGGGGCUGGAAGGACUUCUCAAUGAACUGUUGGUUCUGAGUACCAGAAACGUCCGAAAAUUAGAGAGAAUUAAAGAUGAUUACACCAGACUGAAACAAGAACUUGAACAAGGAGAGGCUGCCUUUGAAAUCAGUGUAAAAGAAAAUGCUGAAAAGUACAUGAAGAUGCUGGAGGAUAAACUACAUAGCUGCGGGAGCCAGCUGCUCCAAAGAGUGUGGGAAGCUGACUUGGAGGCCUGUCAGCUGUUGAUCCGAGGGUUUCAACUGAAAGAAACCACUUGCUGUGUUUUUGAGGAAGAGGAGAACCAAAUGGAUGAGAUGGAGAUGACUGCUGAUGGCCCAUCCGAUUCUGGAAAAAGAAAAGAAGGUCACUUUCCGAAGGGCACGGAGGCGGGGACUGUUCCCUGCCCCAAACACAGCGAGCUAAAAGAGGAGUUCUUCAUGUUUUCUGCAGAGCUGGGAGAAAAAUGCGAAGCCAUAAGGGAGAAAUUGGUGCAUCUGGAAGACCAACUGCAAAAUUCCAUCUGCAGAGUUGAUGAGGGACUUGCACAGUCUCUGCAGAGGGAGAUCCAGGUGGUGAAGGAGACACUCCAGACCGUGCUGGUACAACUUCAGCCAACCAAGGAGGCAGGAGAAGAAAAGGCUGGAGACUUCCUCUGUGACAGCUGGUGUCCAGGCAAACAAGACUUGAAGGAAUAA